GGGGCUGCCGUCGUCCGCUUCGCACCUUCCGGAUGCAAUUCCCACGCGUCCCCGCUGUUGUUUGCUUUCCCUCCUUUUAUCCUGUAUUAAUUCCCUCCCGGAGAGGCGCCUGCGAUUCUCGGGAAGACACUGGAGCCCGGGGGUGGGGGUGGGGGGGGGGUGCUCGAUGGGGAGUCCGGUGGUAUUAACAAAGCUUCCAGAAAUAGCGCCUUAUAAGGAAUCCAAGACAACAAAUACGAACAUUUUGAUAAGGCUCUGGGCCGCGGGAUCGCACCUCGGGACCCGCCAGGCCCGAGCCAGUUGUGAACGAUGGCCAUGUGGAUACAAGCCCAGCAGCUGCAAGGAGAUGCCCUGCAUCAGAUGCAGGCCUUGUAUGGCCAGCACUUUCCCAUCGAGGGACUCAAUAGAUCUUGAUAAUCCACAGGAGAACAUUAAGGCCACCCAGCUCCUGGAGGGCCUGGUGCAGGAGCUGCAGAAGAAGGCGGAGCACCAGGUGGGGGAAGAUGGGUUUUUGCUGAAGAUCAAGCUGGGACACUAUGCCACGCAGCUGAAGAGCACAUACGUCCGUUGCCCCAUGGAGCUGGUCCGCUGCAUCCGGCACAUUCUGUACAACGAACAGAGGCUGGUCCGAGAAGCCAACAACGGCAACUCUCCGGCUGGAAGUCUGGCUGAUGCCAUGUCCCAGAAGCACCUUCAGAUCAACCAGACCUUUGAGGAGCUGCGACUGGUCACGCAGGACACAGAGAACGAGCUGAAGAAGCUGCAGCAGACCCAGGAGUACUUCAUCAUCCAGUACCAGGAGAGCCUGAGGAUCCAGGCUCAGUUUGCCCAGCUGGCCCAACUGAACCCCCAGGAGCGCCUGAGCCGGGAGACAGCGCUGCAGCAGAAGCAGGUGUCCCUGGAGGCCUGGCUGCAGCGCGAGGCGCAGACCCUGCAGCAGUACCGCGUGGAGCUGGCCGAGAAGCACCAGAAGACCCUGCAGCUGCUGAGGAAGCAGCAGACGGUCAUCCUGGACGACGAGCUGAUCCAGUGGAAGCGGCGGCAGCAGCUGGCCGGGAAUGGGGGUCCCCCCGAGGGCAGCCUGGAUGUGCUGCAGUCCUGGUGUGAGAAGUUGGCUGAGAUCAUCUGGCAGAACCGGCAGCAGAUCCGCAGGGCCGAGCACCUCUGCCAACAGCUGCCCAUCCCCGGGCCCGUGGAGGAGAUGCUGGCUGAGGUCAACGCCACCAUCACAGACAUCAUCUCAGCCCUGGUGACCAGCACAUUCAUCAUCGAGAAGCAACCCCCUCAGGUCCUGAAAACCCAGACCAAGUUCGCAGCCACCGUGCGCCUGCUGGUGGGCGGGAAGCUGAACGUGCACAUGAACCCGCCCCAGGUGAAGGCCACCAUCAUCAGCGAGCAGCAGGCCAAGUCCCUGCUCAAGAACGAGAACACGCGCAAUGAUUACAGUGGGGAGAUUUUGAACAACUGCUGCGUCAUGGAAUACCACCAGGCCACCGGCACCCUCAGUGCCCACUUCAGAAACAUGUCCCUGAAACGAAUUAAGAGGUCUGACCGCCGCGGGGCAGAGUCAGUGACAGAAGAGAAGUUCACAAUCCUGUUUGAAUCACAGUUCAGUGUUGGUGGAAAUGAGCUGGUUUUUCAAGUCAAGACCCUGUCACUCCCGGUGGUGGUGAUUGUUCAUGGAAGCCAGGACAACAAUGCCACUGCUACUGUCCUCUGGGACAAUGCUUUUGCAGAGCCCGGCAGGGUGCCAUUUGCUGUACCCGACAAAGUGCUGUGGCCGCAACUGUGCGAGGCGCUCAACAUGAAAUUCAAGGCCGAAGUGCAGAGCAACCGGGGCCUGACCAAGGAGAACCUCGUGUUCCUGGCACAGAAACUGUUCAACAGCAGCAGCGCCCACCUGGAUGACUACAGCAGCAUGUCCGUGUCCUGGUCCCAGUUCAACAGGGAGAAUUUGCCAGGACGGAAUUACACUUUCUGGCAGUGGUUUGAUGGUGUGAUGGAAGUGUUAAAAAAACAUCUCAAGCCUCAUUGGAAUGAUGGGGCUAUCUUGGGUUUUGUGAACAAGCAACAGGCCCAUGACCUCCUCAUUAACAAGCCAGAUGGAACCUUCCUGCUGAGAUUCAGCGACUCAGAAAUAGGUGGCAUCACCAUUGCUUGGAAGUUUGAUUCUCAGGAGAGGAUGUUUUGGAAUCUGAUGCCUUUUACAACCAGAGACUUCUCCAUCCGGUCACUGGCCGACCGCCUGGGGGACUUGGAUUACCUUAUAUAUGUGUUUCCUGAUCGGCCAAAAGAUGAAGUGUACUCCAAGUACUACACACCAGUUCCAUGCGAGCCUGCCACGGCUAAAGCAGUUGACGGAUACGUGAAGCCGCAGAUCAAGCAAGUGGUUCCCGAGUUUGUAAACGCGUCUGCAGAUGCCGGGGCCGGCCCCACAUACAUGGACCAGGCGCCCUCCCCCGCAGUGUGCCCCCAGACUCAUUACAACAUGUACCCACAGAAUCCUGACUCGGUUCUUGACACCGAUGGGGACUUCGACCUGGAAGACACCAUGGACGUGGCGCGGCGUGUGGAGGAGCUCCUAGGCCGGCCCAUGGACAGUCAGUGGAUCCCUCACGCACAGUCGUGACCCGCCCGGCCUCGCCACCCUCAGCUUCUUCAUCCUCACCCGAGGAAUUACUCUUGUGGAUGUUUUAAUUCCAUGAAUCGCUUCUCUUUGGAAACAAUAUUCAUAAUGUGAAGUGUUAAUACUAGUCGUGACUUUAGUGUUUCUGUGCAUGGUGGCACCAGUGAAGAGAGUGAGUGUGAGUGUGCGUGUGAGCUUGUGCAUGGUGAUGUCCCCGCCCCUGGCUGCCCAGGGUCUGGAUACAGCCCCAGGGCCUCACACAGAGGCUGUGCUUGUUUGUGCCUUGUGCCAAAGGCAGUUAGUUCCAUGAACCCUGGAACUUGGCCAUGUGUCUUAAGAGUGGCUGAACUUUGACAUGUGGCAAUGCAAGUAAAAGACGAACAAAAAGAGGAAAAGGCACCUCUGGGGAGUUUUUGUCACUUUGCCAGGCAGUCCGUACAACCUGUCAUUGUCUCUGCUUGUCUUCUGAAAUGUGGAUGACUGCCUUUCGACAGAGCCAGUCCUCCCAUGUCUCCUCUCCUCAGCUUUCGUGUGUGUAUGUGUGUGUGUGCAUGCGCACACGCACACACAGAGGGACAGGAAAAGAAACAAUAAAGAUCUUUGGGACAAGGGAAGCCACGGGUUUUUAGAUGGAUGGGUGGUAGUUUUUUCUACAUCACUUAACCCAUCCUAGCCUUUUCUCCUUUCCUUCCCUCUUCUCCCCUCCCCGUCUCUCUCUCUCUCUCUCUCCUCUCUUUCUCGACAAUCAGUUAUGUGUGUACACCUGUGCAGACACAGUUGGCAAAGUUGAGGGAAGGACAGAGGAUCACAGAAGCACAGUAUGAUGCCCUCUGUGUUUUGGCCAGGGUGCUGAGUGUGGCCAUGUUGCCCAGCAGCUGCCCUUCUGUGCUGCCCAGCCUUCCUCCGUGCCCCAGAGGCCCGAUCCGGGGCUUUCCAAAGGCUUAUUAUAUUUAGCCAAUGGCUUUCGAAAAAAUAUUGACUGGUAGUUCCUAAAUCGAGUCCUUUUUGUUUUCCCCUUUGCACCUGAGUUUCACAUGGAAUUUCUCUCUUCCUGCAUUGGGUCCCAGGCUGCGUGUACCCAGGUCACCUUGUUUCCCUUCCUUGUCACGUUCUGUGAGGAGGAGGAGGCAGGGCUGCGGCUGGCACGUGGAGCGGGCUGGUUCAGCAGGCCGGGCGCCCGCCAGUGCUGGGUGUUGGGAGUGGGUAAAUGGAGAAAUGCAGUCACCAGGUUUUCUGGGAAGUUGGGUAAGCCAGAGAAACAAAAAAGCCUUGACAUGAUUUCUUUCCACCAUUUCCUGUGCAGCAUUUCAGCAGAAGAAGGCCGGGGGAUGGGGGGGGCUGAGCAGGCAGGUGGGCAGAGGAGAAGCAAAGAGCUUAUGGUUACGGCCCAUGAGGCCCCUCCCAGCCCCUUCUCCAGAGCUAGGGCAGGACCGCACCCAGGAUAGGAUGGCCCUAAAACUUAUUUUUAUACAUGUGAGUAAAUAAACAGAUAGUUUUUUUUACAGAAAAAAGUAACUUCUGAAUUUAUCAGUGUUUUGCUGUUAAAGGAAAAAUACUCCUCUGUAGUAAAUUAUUUAUGGGAAGAUGACUUUUUAAAAGCUGCUGUUUGCCUUGGCUUGGUUUCAUACACUGAUUUAUUUUUCUAUGCUCGGCAGUAGACUGUCUGCCUCAGGAACACACCGACCCCCUCCAUGGAUACCGUACCGGCAUGGAUGGGGGAGGCCAGCCCCUCCCCUCCCCUGAAGCGUUGAUCCAAAUUCCCACUGUGCCAGUGGGCACGUUGGGGAAAAGGGGAAACGAAAGACAGGGGGGAGCCCAGGCUUAAAGAGCCCUUUCCCUCCUGACACCCAGAGAUGCUUUGCCAGCACCUUCGUCCCAGGCUACGCUAGCCGAGCCUGCGGCUGGACACACUUUGAUUGCUGAUGGACACGGAUCCAAGGCCCCCAGGAGGGGCGGAACUGCCUGGCUGUCACAGGCUGCCGCUGCCGCGGGGUUAGGGAGGAAGAAUCCACACCGUUGCCUGAGCUGCCCUCAGUUUUCUCCUAAGCCUGUGCCUAGAGAUGGAGGUAUGGGACUGGAAGGUGUGCUAGCUCUCUGAUCUGCUUUCUGUUUUCUCUUUUCUCCCUCGGCCCUGCUCCUCCAACCACAAGAAGGAGCCAGCCCCAUCUCUACCCCACCCUUCCCCCCUCCCCUCGCCUCUGGCCCACCUGCCCCUCAGCUCCUAGCCACACACAGCUCCAGGUGGUAUGUGCAGGGCUUUUGGGGGGAGAGGGGUGGAGGAGGGUGUGCAGGAGACACCAAACUGGAUAGCACUUACAAUGGAAGUGUAGUUUUUAUAAUUUUCCUUUUUCAAACUUUGUGAAAUUAUUUCAGAUACAUAUUUUAGUGUCAAGGCAGAUGAGUAGAUAGCCACCAAAAAAAAAUAUUGUGUACAAUUUGGGGCAGUCACAGAAUUGUGUAUUUUAUGUUACAAUAAAGGCUUCCUCUGGAGGAACA